UGGGUCUAAAAAUUCCUAUUCAUAAUCGAUGUAACUGACAUGUUAUCCUUCAAAAAUCACAAAUACACGCCAAAAUUGCUAGACAGUCAAGUCGGAAAACGAAGAGAAAGCCAUCAGGAUGCCGCCGAAAGUGAAGAAGGAGAAGAAGGAUGUGAACAAGGUGACCCAGGUGGACAGGACCUUCUACGAGCUGACCAUCACGGACCUCAACCAGAAGUUGGCUCGCCUGCGAUCCCACCUGACCAGCAUCGAUGAGUCCAACAUAACGUUGACCGAGAAACUUCGUGAAGUGGAGUCCGACGGUGUGGAUGUUGCUGCCCACUUGGAGCGCACCUUGGCAGAGAGGAACAACUCGAUCACCGAGCUGGAGGAGCGCCUGGUGGAGAUCACCAAGGUGCGCGAUGUGGAAAACCGCCUGGCGCAGGAGAAGAUCGGGGACCUGGAGGCCAAGUACAAGGCCAUGCACGACCAACUGACCUCGGAGAUCAAGCUGCUCAAUGGAAAGCUCAACUCCCUGGACGAGUUCCGCAUCCAAAGGGAUGUCCUGCUGGCCAAGUUCGAUGACCAGGAGGCGGAUCUCAACGAGAGGGAGAAGGACCACAAGGAGGCGCUCUACAACAUGGAACAGCGGGCGGUGGUGGAGAAGGAUGCCCUGAAAAAGGAGGUGGAGCAGAAGCUCCUCCAAGUCUCCGAGGACUUCACCCGCUCCAGUGAGAUCCGCAAUGCCGGCUACACCCGUCGCCUGAUCCGCGAGAACAUAGCCCUGCAAAAGGAGAUCGACCUGCUGGUGAUGUCCCAAAUAAAGCUCCAGCAGGCCUACACCAACCAGAAGUCCAAGCACAAGGAGAUGGAGGAGCAGUACAGUGCCCUCGAUCAGAUCAAGAACGAGUUGGUCCGCAACUCGGUGAACAAGAUCAAAAUCAUCGAGGGUCUAACCCGGAACUACGAGAAACUCAAGGCCAAGUAUGUGGAGGUGCUGCGCUACAGGAAGGCCUAUGAAGUCCAUCUCCAAGCAGAAAAGUGCGAGAAUGUCAAGCAGAAGGAUGCGGCCGGAAAACUCCGCACCUUGGCCAAGCGAAUGGAGAUCGUGGAGCUGGAGAACCGGAACCUGGACGUGGUCCAUGCCCAGCACGAAAUAGAGAUCACUCGGCUGCGAGGCAUCAUCCAGGAGAUCAAGUGCACGGUGCGGGAUGCCAUUGUGGCGGAGCAGGCGGCCAAGACCUUCCCCGAGAGACUGACGGAGGCCAAUGUGGACGAGCCCGCGGUGAUCGAGGAAGUCCGCGAGGAGGCCAUAUCCGUCUGCAAGCUGAAACGCAGCGAUCUGCUUUCCCAGCUCAUGAAUAUCGUGAGCUCCCAUUCGGAGGACCUGCCGAGGACUCCGUCGAUCGCCUCCAUCGGCAGUGCCACUUCGUCGCUGUAUGCUCCCGGCAAAAUGGGCUUUAUGCCCACGCGACCCAAGCCCACGCCAUUCGAUGCCUUCCGCAGCGAGGUCAUCGACCAGGAGCCGGAUCUCACCAUUCCGGAGGACCUGCAGAAGUUGAAGAUGCAGGAUCGGCUGAUCACUUCGCAGCGCGGGGACGAGAACUCCAUCAUCGAUGUGGAAUUUGGAACCACUUUGUACGUUUCAUCGUCGCGCGAGGACGACCUCAUCGAGGUGGAGGAGGAGCCGCUGGAGGAGCCAGAGGGAUCCACCAGCUCCAUGUCCGUGAAGAAGGCGAGCAGCGAGGGCUCAGUCGCACCACCCGCCACCGCACCCCUUGCCGCAUCCGCAUCCUCGAAGGAUGUCAAACAUCAGCCCAGCAUCGGAACCAUGGACACACUCACGGGCUCCUCCAAAUUGACGGGCGUCACCAACGAGGAGGAGGCCGGCGACGAAGGCGAGGAGGAGGACUUCGAUGUCCAGUUCUUCUACUAGUCUGUGGUUGUCCCCAAAUGCCUCAAAUUUAUUUUUGCCAUUUGUUUUAUUUGGUUGAGAUUUAAAUAAAUACUCGCAAAGUCAAAGAAUCAA